AAUACCGGCCACCGUGGUAAGUGGCAAGAAUUGAAAAAUCAGGAAAUCCAUUCGACUUCACGAAAUAAUAAGUUUUCCUGACAAAAUGUCGGUCAAUAGCAAAGUAUCAUUUUACCUAUCGUGUAUUCUCACAGUCCUUGUGUUCUCUGGAAUGCAAAUCUACAAAUCUUGGCUGGCAUCGUCACAGCUCUAUACUAUAUUAGGAGGGUAUAUUGGAUCUUUAUUAUUUAUAUGUGUAUUAACUGCUAUAGGAAAUUUAGAAGCAGUGCUAUUUGGAAAAUCUUUCCAGCAGAAGUUAUUCCCCGAAGUUAUGUUUUCAUUGAUUGUUAGCUUAAUUGCAUCAGGAUUGGUACAUCGUGUUGCAACCACAACUUGUUUCUUAUUUUCUAUAAUUGCUUUGUAUUAUAUGAACCGAAUCUCACAGGAGACGUAUUCUAUACCAGUACCUGUACCAGUAUCGGUCCAUUCGAAGAAGAGAAAGUAA